GGAAUAAAGAUGCACGUGAAAUGAUACCAUCGCGCGAAAAUGGAGCUUCAUUAAGUGAGCAGGGGACCUGCUUACAAAAGUUAUCAUGGCCUCUUAGCAUCCCUCAACCCUCGCAGCCAGGGUCAAUCGAGGUCUUUCUAAGACCGCAUACUUCCCUCAGAGGUCGCGAUGCAUUCCCAUCGAUCUGGACUGACUGGGUUUCGAAGCCUCUUUGCAGCCAUCCCCGCUCGCGCGGGCAAAAUCCCUCGCCCGCUGCAGAUCCACCACCCCAAGCCACCAGCUUCAAGUCUACCAAUCCAGCGCCAAGCUUUUGGAGGGGUAAUACAGAAUGGCGGGAGGCAGUUCCAUAGCCUGGGGCCGCUACGGAGCGGCGCAUCAAACCCGGCAAUGGCAUUUCCAUGCCUCGACGCCCUCGAAACUCGAUCGGCGACGCUGGAGGCGAGGUCCGACAGCACUGGGCCGGAGCCCUCGUACACGGCCGGCGCAACGCUGAAAUACCACUGCAAGGAGCCGCUGCUGCUCGACUGGGGCGGCACCCUGCGAGAGUUCGACAUCGCCUACGAGACGUGGGGCGCGAUCAACGCCGACAAGUCCAACGUGAUCCUCCUGCACACGGGCCUGUCCGCGUCGUCGCACGCGCACUCGACGGACGAGAACCCGCAGCCGGGCUGGUGGGAGAGGUUCAUCGGCCCGGGACUCGCCCUGGACACGGACAAGUACCACGUCAUAUGCACCAACGUCGUCGGCGGCUGCUACGGGUCGACGGGCCCCAGCAGCGUGGACCCCGCCGACGGCCAGAUGUACGCGACCCGGUUCCCGAUCCUGACCAUCGACGACAUGGUCAAGGCACAGUUCCGGCUUCUCGACGGCCUGGGCAUCGACAAGCUCUACGCCAGCGUGGGCUCGAGCAUGGGCGGCAUGCUGUCGCUCGCGUCGGGGGUGCUGUUCCCGGACCGCGUGGGCAGGCUCGUCUCCAUCAGCGGCUGCGCCCGGAGCCACCCCUACAGCAUCGCCAUGCGCCACACGCAGAGGCAGGUCCUCAUGAUGGACCCCAACUGGAACCGCGGCUUCUACUACGGCCGGGUGCCGCCGCACGCAGGCAUGAAGCUCGCGCGCGAGAUCGCCACCGUGACGUACCGGUCGGGCCCCGAGUGGGAGCAGCGCUUCUCGCGGAGGAGGGCGGACCCCAGCAAGCCGCCGGCGCUGUGCCCCGACUUCCUCAUCGAGACGUACCUCGACCACGCCGGCGAGAAGUUCUGCCUGACCUACGACCCCAACAGCCUGCUCUACGUCAGCAAGGCUAUGGACCUCUUCGACCUGGGCCGCGAGAACCGGCUCGCCACGGCGGCGCGGAGGGCCGAGCGGAGGGAGUCCAUCAGGGCCGGGAUCCAGCCCACGGCCACCGACGCCGCCUGCAGCCUCACGCUGCCGGAGCGCCCGUACGAGGAACAGCCGGGGGUGGUCGAGGGGGCGGCCGAGACGGUCGCGCCGCCGGGCCAGGGGCCACCCGAAGACCUGGUUCAGGGACUGGCCCCGCUGCGAAGUCACCCGGCGCUGGUUAUGGGAGUCGCCAGUGAUAUCCUGUUCCCGGCCUGGCAGCAGCGGGAGGUUGCCGAAGCCCUCAAGAUGGCCGGCAACCGGGACGUGGUCCACUACGAGCUGAGCGAGGAGCAGAGCUUGUUUGGCCACGACACGUUCUUGCUCGAUGUGAAGAAUGUCGGGGGGGCUAUAAGGAAGUUUCUUGGGUGAGCUGAUAUGAUUGGCGAGUGCAUUGCAUAGGGCAUGGGCGUUUGGGGAUAAGCACGUUUUGAUUACUGGUGGUCAGAGUUUCUCGUCUUGGGUUUGGCAGACCUAAGAAUGGACUAGCCUGUUGAACAUUUGAAC